AUGGGCAAAGAAUCGCUCUCUGACGGGGAAGUAUGUGGAUUAUUCAAGAUCAGGAUGGAGACAGGUGGAGAGAUACUCAUACGUAUCAGGAACGAUGACCCCUUUCCAGGCGUUACACUGAACGUGCAAUGGCAUGGAAAUAAGUUGGCGAAAGAGGAGUACCUGAGAUUUGAUGACAUGGACUGGGUUUCUGCUGGCGGUGUGGCACCUCUCAAAAGCGGACCACACGAGAUGGCCAUCAUUUUUGAUCGCAAAGAAUCAGGCAUGAUCAAGCUCUUCCUUGACGGCAAGCUGCUUACCAACGAGUCUAUCUCUCUCGUCGCUUCUCCGAAGAUCGGGCAAGAACUCUGGUUCAACGCUCUGGACUGGGACGAUCUUGACACAGGCUUUCGAGGAUCACUUAACCGCUUUACCAUGUACGCCGGUGCCCUCCCACCGGAAACCAUUGUCAAACCCCUGGCGCCUAAGACCCCAAGAAUCUCUACAUUGGCAGCUGACCUUGAUUUACCGCCCGUCACUGCUUCGCCCUGGGCAUUACUAUUUCCAUGUGUCAUGGUUGUGCUAUUGCUAUUCUUUGUCACUCGGAGAAGGAAAGGCUUGAUAAGGCUAUCACCUCGCUUGGGACCAGCUUCUUCCCGGGCACACAACAAAAUACGUUCAUACCCUCGUUACUCUGUUGAGACUUUAGAAAUGCACAGAACGAAAGGACCACAGAAGACGGACUGA